AUGAGCUUUGACAAGGCAUGGCAAGCAAGUGGGCUGGACCACACGGUAAGGCACCCAACAAAAGGAAAUUCCUUUGUGGAGUGUGAUGAUGAAGGUGCUAGCUAUGUGGAAGCUAGAGUCAACAUUGAUCUCUCAGAGAUUCUACAAAACCCAGAUAUGAAUAUACUGAUGCAGUUUCUUCCUCUUAACCCUUACAAGGUGAAUGAUAAGGGAGUUCCUUGCAUUGGGUUAUGCAUUUCACAUAGGAUUGUUGAUGGUGCAACGUUUGCAACUUUCCUCAAUGCAUGGUCCGAGGCUUCAAAGGGUGCAACACAAACCAUCAUUCCCUCUUUUGAUUUGGCUUCAUUAUUCCCACCAAAAGAUAUAAAUGUGCAAGCGCCUCAUGGUGUGAUCAGUGAAGAGAAAACGGUAACAAAGGGAUUUGUAUUUGAUGCAAGAAGCUUGGGUCUUCUUAAAGCCAAGGUUGGCCUCAGUGGCGGCCAUGCCAACCCAUCACGUGUCGAAGCAGUAACCUCUCUUAUAUGGAAAACCGCCUUGUCUGUAACUAGAGAAAAGCUAAGGAAGACUAGUAUAUCAUCUACUUUGUCCCAUACGGUGGACUUAAGAGGAAGGAUGGUCCAACGUUUGCCGGAGCAUUGUUGUGGUAACCUUUGGCAAUUGGCUAUUGCAUCAUUGACUAAGGAGGAAAGCAACAUAUAUAGAUUUACAUGA